AUGCUCGUUGUCCUGUUAUUUUUCGCGAGGAACUGGACAGUAGGCAUAGUGUGCGUGGUGUUUAUUGUUGAAAUAAUCAUUGUAUGGGUUUUCACGGAAGUCUACCGCACAGUUUGGCCGCUGCGAGUAGCAAUGCUGGCAAUAGGAGCUAUGAACAACGUGUACAGUGUCCUUGACAUCAUGGAUGAUACAAUACGAAGAAAAGAGCCAGAUAGCGACGCCUACAAGUGUGCGUCGAUGACGCACUGCAGUAGCCGACUUUGCGGGUCUCUUUGGGGUAUUUUGGCACUUGGGUUUAUCGUCGUUGAGAUUUACCUCCUGCUUGCUAUCAAGGACGUGGGGGACGAAACGUUCUAA